AUGAACAAUAAGUAUGGCAAAGGGUCGCUACAUCCAUUUGAGACACCCGGCUCGCCGUCACGGUCAACCAAGAGAAGUGAUUUGCUUCCAUCUAUAGUUUCGUCUUCUCCAUCGCGAAAAAGAAAUAAUAACCCCAUAUUUAGUGACCGAUAUAUACCAAAUAGAACCGGGGUAGAUUUGCAAACAGCAUUUAGUCUAACCAACGAGGAAAUCCUACCGGACUUGCGUAAUAAUAACAACGGAGACAAUGAGAUCGAACGCAGACGCGAAGAAGAAGCCAAUAGAACUUUUUCAACGGUUUUGAAAGCUGAGCUCUUUGGAGAUAAUGUGCCAACGGUGACAGCAAAUUUAUUGACAAGUACGAGUUUGAGUAGUGGGAUUAGAUUCAACCCCGUGAGUCAGGGACAUAAUAAUAAUAACAACAACAACAACAACAAUAAUAAUAAUAGACCAAUAUCUGCUGUUUCAGACACUCCUACCAGAUUAUCCGGCUCAAAUUCGUUAUCUUCAGUGCCUACCAGUUCAUCGUUUUCUUCAAUUGCUACAAAUAGCCAUCAUCAUGUCUCUGGUACAAACUCGUUCUCGUCGUCAUCAUCCAUUGCCACCACCACCACCGGAACUACUGCUUAUGAUAACGAAGAUGGCAUAUCUACUCCACGCAGAAGAACUAAUUUAUUCACAUACCAAUCGCCCAAGAAAACACGACCAAUAUCACGAGAUUUGCAACAAGAACUAUAUUCCUUGUCUCCAGUGCGACAAGACUCACAAAAGCUACUACUAUCGCCGCAGAAAAAGCCCCGCACAAUAUCGAAAGUGCCAUAUAGGGUGCUUGAUGCACCAGAACUUUCAGAUGACUUUUAUUUAAACCUAAUAGACUGGGGUCAACAAGAUGUGCUAGCGGUUGGUUUAGGGGACAGUGUUUAUUUGUGGGACGGGGCAACUCAAUCCGUCGACAGAUUGUGCAAUUUAGCAAAUAAGGAUAAAGUUACUAGUCUAAACUGGAUUGGCUCAGGCUCACAUUUGGCCAUAGGCACAUCAAGAGGAUUGGUUGAAAUCUGGGACGCGACAAAGAUAAAAUGUGUAAGAACAAUGACGGGUCAUUCGUUACGUGUUAGCUCAUUGGCUUGGAAUGAGCAUAUAUUGUCGAGCGGGUCUAGAGAUCGAACCAUACUAAAUAGAGACGUUAGAAUUGAGGAUCAUUUCGUGAAUAAAUUAGAGAGCCACAAGCAAGAAAUUUGUGGUCUCAAGUGGAAUGUUGAGGAAAAUAAGUUGGCUAGUGGUGGCAACGACAAUAAUUUGUUUGUAUGGGAAGGUUUGAAUACUAAACCGUUAUAUCAGUUUACUGGUCAUACUGCUGCUAUCAAAGCUAUUGCGUGGUCACCACAUCAAAGAGGAAUACUAGCUUCCGGAGGCGGUACAGCCGACAAAACAAUCAAGACUUGGAACACGUUGACGGGGAAUAUGAUUCAUGAUAUCAAUACCGGCUCUCAAGUUUGCAACUUGAUUUGGUCAAAAAACUCUAAUGAGCUCGUUUCCACUCAUGGUUAUUCAAGAAACCAGAUCAUUGUGUGGAAGUAUCCGUCGAUGCAACAGAUUGCUCAAUUGACGGGUCAUACCUAUAGAGUGUUAUAUUUAUCUUUAUCACCAGACGGUGAAACAAUAGUCACUGGUGCAGGUGAUGAGACAUUGAGAUUCUGGAACGUUUUUGAAAAGAAUAGGAAUAAUGAUUUACCAUCCUCAGUUUUAUUGGGUGCAUUCCUGCAACUCCGUUAA